GCAGAUUCUACAAAUCUUCCAUGGGAUCGCAUAUGACAAACAGUACGACAUGGCCCAGCUCUUCUGGACAGAGCUGAUGGACCAGGUGAAGAUAAAGGAGAACAACAAGGGUAGUACAAUCCCUUACGCUAGGUGGUUGGCAUUGAUGAUCCAUAACAUGAUCGAGGCCACCCCUACUAUUCCAAAGCGUAAGGGAGAUGAUCACUUCACCGCUCCCAAGCUCAAAUACUUCCAGAGGGACAGCAAUAAGGCUGAAGCACUGCCUAUCCCGGACUCACUGCUUGAUCUAGCAAACCCGAGGAAUAAAGCAGUCAUUGACUACAAAGAGUCGCUGAAGAGAACGGUUCCUAUGGUUCAGCAAAACCCAGCUGGACCUUCCCAGGGGACCAAGCCAAGUGAGGGUAGUAAGAAGAAGAGAGCCCCGCCACAGAACCCAGUGGCAACCCGGCCUAAUGAUGAUCAGUCUGCUAACUCUUCCGAGAGGACCCAGACUGCUGAGGGCCACCCUAAUGCUGAGGACACUGCCGAUGAACCAUCUAGCCAGGCCCCUUCUAAUAAGGCUGGUGGUGAGGCCUCCGAUAGCAUGGCCAAGGGAAAGAAGAGGAAUGAUGAAGAUAAUGAUGAUGCAGAUGAUGAUGAUGAUAUGGAGGGAGUCUUGAUAAGCAACAGGAAGAGAGCUGGCAAACAGGCCAUUCCAAUAGACUCCAACUCCUCAUCGGAAGAUUUUGAGGCUGCAUUCACACCCCGGCCACUCAAAGGGAUUAUCAUUAGUGAGCAGCGCUCCAAGAAACGCAACGAUAAGUCUGCAUCAUCCAAGCCUAUGAAGAGGCUCAGAAAGAAGAGUGCAGUGGAAGAGGAGCUGGCACUGCACGAUGACUGUGACACCUUCGUCACUAUAGACCGAACCACGCCCCUAGGAGCAGGAGCUGACCUUGUCAGUUCCCAGGUAGAAGUCGCAGCAUCCGGUUCAACUGCGCAUGCACAGCCCUCUCCCAACCACUCUCCAGUCUCCCAACAGGCUGAAGUUUCAAUAACUCAAGGGGAAUUUACACCGACCUCACUGAUUCCUUCCGAAUCUGCUGAGAGACUUAGUGGUCAACAGCCCCGGACCACUACCCCCAUCCGUUCUAUCACAUCGAGUCUAGGUGUCACCAUUCCUACAUUUUCACAUUUUUCUAGGACACCUACACUAUUCACUGCACAUACAGGUGCACUCACCCUGAAUGCAACGACCGGAGUGCAAACUAUGAUGGUCGGAAGCCCUGCUACGCCAACAAUGCCUCGAUCAUUGAACGCAGGCCACACAUCAGCUAUCUUCACUGAUGCUGUGACAACAGUUACAACCCCUGUAACUGGUACCAUUAUCCCCGAAGACAUUCUCGUAUAUCUGAAUAGCUUUCUAGAGUCUACCAUUAAGCCAUGGGUGCAUGAAGCAAUAACCGCUAAUGCACAAGACUCUGGAAGUACCCCAGUUGUUCAGGAUAUACCACCCAAACCUCAAACAACACAGCCCCCAACCAUUUCCAUACCUAUUUCCAAACCUUUAGCCAUAGAAAACCAACAACCAUCCACAUCAAGGGGAACCCAGGAUACAGAACUAGUAUUCUCCCCUACAACGACCAAACCCAACCUAACAACUGUACCCUUCGAGGAUCUUGUAGCUGAGAUCUACGACCGUAUACUAGACGUGGAAGAAGGCAACCUCACCCCUCUUCAAAAAGCCCUUCUCCAUGCUCUAGAUACACAGAACACAUGCCGUGACAGUCUCCGUGGCACUAAACGUUCACAUGAGGAUCCCGAUGAUUCGGAUUCUCAUGAGGGGGAGAACAAGCGCCAACGGAUACUUGAGCAUGUUGCUUCUACUAGCCAACCCUCAAAGCCAAACCAACCCUCCACCUCUACCAAUGAGCAACCCACUACUUCAGCUAGCCAUAAAUCCCUAGCCACUCUUUCUAGCAUGGUCGAGCUAGACAUAACAUCCGGAGGUGCAUCUCCUAUAGAUGUUAACCAAGGACGGAAUGGAAGUCCUGAUGAUGCUACCACGAGUACAUCUUCCUACUCAGGCCAUCAGUUAGAACCUAGUUCGAAACUGAUGUCAACGGGCAAUCCUGAGGAUCCCGGUGUUUCACACGACGAGUCACCUUCGACACAGCAGCAAGCUCCCCCUGAACCCUCUGACAAUCCAAUACAAGAUGAGCUUGAAGAUCUUCUAGUUCAUGAUCAAUGGCCCCGCAAAUGGACAGAGUGGGAUGACCUUAGAGUGGAAGCCGAUCAAUACGAAAUGUGUCGAAGCUGGCAUCUCAGAGAGUUUCUCAAUAAAUACCAUGCAAUGAUGAUUGGACUCGAUAAAGACGAACUCAAGGAAGGGGAGAAUCAAAAAGAAAACCCCAAGGAACCAAAACCAGCUAAAGAAAAAUGGGAAAUUAUAAGGAUCAAAGCCCCCUUUCUUGAAGAAAUUCGAGAGAAGAUUUGGAGACAACCAGAAAAAGUCAAGCAGUUCAGUGAAUUAAAAAUGCGAGGAAUCAAUCACUUGAAAGGAAAAUACAGAGGAGGAAAUCUGUAUAUGCUAGGACAUAGAUCCACAGGGCAACGUCGACAAGUUCUAAAUCACAAUCUUGCAACAAGUGGAUGUCCCAUAUUGAAAAUCUUGGAAAUCACAGAAGAUUACCUAGAGACAAUUAAGUUCAUGAUUUUUCGUCUACAACGUACUGAUGGCUCGGAGUUCACCUGUCAAGAGAAUGACUUCUUUCUACUGCACAUGGAUGAUAUUUAUCAAAUGUUCAUGAGGUGCAGGGAGCUUCCAGUUCACAAAGACAGACUCGCUAAAGAAGGCUUCGAUGCGAUAAAAAGAUUCAUGACAAGACAAGUUCGGUUCUACGCCUCUCAUGAUCUCCAGAUGACCAUAGAGCACAACUAUUCAAAGGUGAAUCUUACUAGACCGGACUUGAGUAGACCUGGCCUUGAAUUCUUUGAAGCAUAUCAUAUCUUUGAUAUGUUGGAAAACAAUAAAAGGGGCCUAAUAUGUAAUUAAUUAAAAUGUGUUUACCAUCAAAUAAAUAAUACAGUGGCUAUUCAUGAAAUAAUAAAAGUGUAGAUACCAGGAUAAUAUAUUUCUUUUGGUGACGGGUCAAAUUAAAUAUAUUACACUAAAGUGAUACAACGGUUAUGACCCCCGGUGCGUGUAAACUAAGAGAUAACAGUAAAGAUAUUGUAACGGAAAAUGGCCUAAUAAAUUAUUCUAAAUAAUAUCAUUAUUGUAAUAAUAAUAAAGGAGUUAUUAGAAUACUAAGGGCCAACCGUUACAAUAUUCCACUAGUCCUAUAUAUAUCCCAUCAAUAGGUAGGACUAAAAAAAAUCAACAUCUCAUACGGUACAUAGCACUGGAAGGUUAGGCCGAUCAAUCGUGUUGGAUUCCGGGUCUUCUUAAAGUGUUAAUGCAAAUGAAUUCUCAAGGUAUUGUUCUAAUCUUAGUUCAUACAUAUUUGAUUUCAUGGAUUUAUAUGGAUUUAGCUAUUAUAUAUUUAUAUAUAUAUCGCAUACGGAGUUUUGUUGAUAUAUAUAUGAAUAUCCAACAAUUGGUAUCAGAGACUACCACUUAGAUCCAUGAAAUUGUUUGAAUCCGCAUAUGAGUUCAUCGUGAUGUCUGGAAUUCGUUAUAAUUUGUUGAUGUCCGAAUAUUUUAUUUUGGCUGAAUCGAUUCGAUCAUGUGCCUAUGUUAAGUGAUGAAUUGCGUGGAAUUUCAUUUUAUUGCCAAUUCAUGUUUGAAUCGUUUCCGCUGUAGGCUUAUGGUUUCCCACUUGCCGAUUCAUUUCUUAAGCUUUGAUUGCAUGUUUUUUCUUUAAGUCUCAAGUAUAGAUAUUAUAUUACAUUACUCCGUAUGAUUGUGAUUUGAAUAAAAGGUUAGCAUGCAUGUAAAUAUGGUGCUAGAAGGCUAUUUUUUUUUUUCUUCUUCAAGUGGAAUCUCCCUACCCACCAGCCGUUUUAUUUUGGAACAAUUAUGCAAAGUUGUAUUUAAUUGAUAAAAUACAACAUUAGGCAACGUUUCAUUGAUUUUAACAUUUUCUUUCAUUGUAAUUAAUGAAAUAAUUUUAUGAGUCAAGUUAAUUCCUUCAAACGUCAAUUGCCGUUGUUUAUGUGCCUGGAUGGAACGUUUUAUUUUCUAAUUUGGAUCAAAUAAUAUCAUGAAUUAAAUUGCCGUUAAUCCAUUGAGUUUUUUGAACGAACUGACAAUUUGUCUUUUAAGUUUGAUUUCAUGCUAUUUUUAUUAUCAAACUUCGUGAGCAAAUUGUCGCUGUUCAUGCUCAAAUCCAUUAGAAGCUGAUUACCGCACAUACUUUUUUUUAUAAAAAAAAAAGUAGAAAUGUGGUAAAUUUUUGAAGGGAAAUUGUAAAAUAAAAGGAAGUUUAGUAUUUGAAAUGAGUAUAUAGAAACAAUAUGUCACCAAAGUGAUCCUAUUGUGUAAGUUGCUCAUUUAAAAUAUUAAACAUAGUAUAUACUUCGUAUAUAUGUCAAGUAAAUAUUAAUCGGCCCAAAGGAAGAUUAAUAUUUUAUCAAGUUAUAUAUAUACAUUUUGGUAAUA